GCCCCGCCCCGCGCCGUGGCUAGCCGCCGUGCGCUUUCGGAGCCGGCUGGAGUCCGGCGCACUGCCCGCGAUGGCUGAGGGUUAAUAACUAAUAUUUAUGUAAGACAGAAGAGAAAGAUGUCAUUCCGUAAAGUAAACAUCGUCAUCCUGGCCCUGGCUGUGGCUCUCUUCUUACUGGUUUUACACCAUAACUUCCUCGGCCUGAGCAGUUUGCUAAGGAAUGAGGUUUCAGAUUCAGGAAUUGUUGGGCUUCAGCCCAUAGACUUUAUUCCAAAUGCGCCCCAACAUGCAGUAGAUGGGAGGCAAGAGGAGAUUCCUGUGGUCAUUGCUGCAUCUGAAGAUAGGCUUGGUGGUACUAUUGCAGCCAUAAACAGCAUUCAGCACAACACUCGCUCCAGUGUGAUUUUCUACAUUGUUACACUCAAUGGUACAGCGGACCAUCUCCGGUCCUGGCUCAGCAGCAAUACCCUGAAAAGCAUCAGGUACAAAAUUGUGAUUUUUGACUCUAAGCUUUUGGAAGGGAAAGUAAAGGAGGAUCCUGACCAGGGGGAAUCCGUAAAACCAUUAACCUUUGCAAGGUUCUACUUGCCAAUUCUGGUUCCCAGCGCAAAGAAGGCCAUAUAUAUGGAUGAUGAUGUAAUUGUACAAGGUGAUAUUCUUGCCCUCUACAAUACACCACUGAAGCCAGGACAUGCAGCUGCAUUUUCAGAAGACUGUGAUUCAACUUCGACUAAAGUUGUCAUCCGUGGAGCAGGGAACCAGUACAAUUACAUUGGAUAUCUUGACUAUAAAAAGGAAAGAAUUCGUAAGCUUUCCAUGAAAGCCAGCACCUGCUCAUUUAAUCCUGGAGUUUUCGUGGCAAACUUGACAGAAUGGAAAAGACAGAAUAUAACUAACCAGCUGGAAAAAUGGAUGAAACUCAAUGUCAAAGAGGGACUAUAUAGCAGAACACUGGCUGGCAGCAUCACAACACCUCCUCUGCUGAUCGUAUUUUAUCAACAGCAUUCCACCAUUGACCCUAUGUGGAAUGUCCGCCACCUUGGCUCCAGUGCUGGGAAACGAUAUUCACCCCAGUUUGUAAAAGCUGCUAAGCUACUCCAUUGGAAUGGGCAUUUUAAGCCAUGGGGAAGAACUGCUUCAUAUACUGAUGUCUGGGAAAAAUGGUAUAUUCCAGACCCAACAGGCAAAUUCAACCUAAUCCGAAGACAUAUGGAAAUGUCAAAUAUAAAGUAAAUUGUAAUUUAUACUACAAGCAUUUCUCAGGAAACCCUGCAAGAUAGUAUGUGUGGAAAGCAACAGUUAUGAACUCAUGGGAAAAGGGAUAUUGCAGCUGGGUAAAGAUGUCAAACUGCACUGUCUGGCAGUCAGCUUCUCAGAUAGACUGUACGUGUCUCCAUCUGCCUUACCAAGCGUUUGCUCACUACAGUGCUCAACGACCAGAGGUGAAUGGACUGAUACGGCUAGUACAGCCAGUUCAAUACUGCUGCUUGGUUUUAAUUUUGUAACCUGUGGCCCCAUCUAUAAAUAAAAUGAAACCUACAUUUCCCAACAAGUA